GGUAGUCAGACGAUCGGCGGCGUUGAUAGCGCUCGCAACGAAAGAGCAGCACAAAUCGAAUAAUAAAAGGAACUAUCGUAGCUAUAACUCGAACGACAAAAUCCGCGAACGAAACCCCAAUAACUAACCCACCAAAUAAAAAACAAAACACCCAACAACAAAAUACCCAAGCAAAACGCGUCUCUCUAUCUAUCUCUGUCGUGUCUUUCGUGUUCCGUGUAGAGUUCAAAAUGUACAACAAGCUAAAACAAUAAAAAAAAAAAAUAAACUAGAGAGGCAGUGAGAGAGAAAGAAAGAAGCAACCUAAACGAGAAAGAUUAUAAACGCCCACACACAAAAAAAAACAAAAACAACAACAACAAAAUACUACACGUAGCCGCUAAGCCGACAACAAGAGGAGUCCGUCCGCGUCCGCGUCCGUCCCCAUACCUCAAAUCCCAGCCCAGACGAAGAGCCCAACAACAGACAGCACCACGAACACCACCACCCGCUCUCGCUCGCUUCCAUCACUGAAAAACAGUUAGCCGCCAUGGAACGUCGCCAAACCCUAGACUCAUCGAUGUCUUCGCUCUAUUCGGCUGCCUCCUCGAGUCGCCAGAUCCAGUCGCAGUCGCAGUCACAUCCACAGCCGCCGCCGCAGCUCCAGUCACAGCUAUCACAGCAGUCACAGCAGUCCCAUCCGUCCCCAUCGUCCCAGCUAGACGCCUUCAAUUAUUCAGCAACAAUGUCAUCAUCAUCGCCAACUCCAAGCCAGGCCCUGUCCACAGGCACCACCACCGCCACCGCUGCCGCCACCGCUGCCGCUGCCCCCUCGCUGCGUGCCACAACCAUCGGCACCGUUGUCGUCCGCUGUGGACCCAUCCAGCUGGUGAUAGCGCUCCUACAAAGUCCCGAGAAGAUCUACAUCAAAGUCGUCGAACUGGAGCCAAAGAUCACAGCGCUGGGCGAGAAUCUGGAGGAGUCCGUGCGCAUGCAACGGGAGCACGAUGAUACGCUCAGAAAUCUACAGAGCCUGCCUGGACCGAUGGAUGAGUUCGUGCAGAAGGCCGACAAAUUGCUGGCCAGCAAAAGGAUCAGCUCGGAGCUAGUCAAUGCCAUGGCCGACACACUGAACAUCAUCUGGCAGGACAUACUGAAUCUGCUGCAGGACAGGCAACACAUUCUGCUGCUGUGCACACAGUUCCACGACAAAAUGACACAGUGCUUCAGGCGCAUGGACCAGCUGGAGAUGGCCUGCAGCGAGUCCCUGCAGCCGUUGGAUGUGCCCCAUGUGCAGGAGUUCCUCAGCAGAUUCAAGCAGCUGCGGAUCGACAUGCUCACGGGUGUGAUGGCUGCCCUGAAGGACGGCAAUGAGCUGCUCUCGCAGCUGGAGGAGCUGGAAAAGCUCGAGACGCUGGACACACGACCCGAGCACAUCAAGCGGGAUGCCACGCGGGCAGUGCAUCAGGUGCAACAGUGGCUGGAGGCGCUGCACGAUCGGCGGAACGAUCUGGAGCUCGCCUGGCAGACGCGCAAGACACAGAUGGAGCAGUGCCUGGCCCUGGGUCUGCUCGGGCGGGAGCUCAUCGACCUGGAGGCGGCGCUGCAGAAGGCGCGCAUGGAGCUCAAUACCAUGUACAGCCUGGGGGAGUGCGAGCACACGGCGAACGAGAUGCUGGCCAGAUACCGCGAGUGGAAGCAGCAGGCGCUGCUGCUGCGCGAUCGUGCCCUGAAGAUAACCCGAGCCAAGGAGAAGGUCCAGUCGGCGGGUCUCUUUGCUGGCGAUGAGGCGUGUGCCAGGGCCUAUGCUGUGCUCAGUGGCUGCACGGAGCACUUGGAUCUGGUGGAUCAGCGCGAGCAUUGGCUGCAUCAGUCGCGCGAGUUCUUCGCCAAGGCCGAGCACACGCUCAGUGUGCUGGAGAAGCUGGAACUGGAGCUGGCGAGCGUUAAGCUGCCGCCAAAUUCGCCCGAAAGCUAUGCCAUGUUCUCCAAAGUGGAGCGCGAUGUGCGCAGCUUCACCGAGGAGCCGCUGCGUCUCGGCUAUGGCAUCCUCGAUGAGGUGGGGCGCACUCAACCGGAGACGCAGGGCGUCAAGCGGGUGCUGGAUGAGCUGGAGAAUCGCAAGGCCUACAUCGAGGGCAUCUGUGCGCACAGCAGCGAGGAUCAGCAGAGGGUGCAGCGGGCCCUCAGUGAGUUCCUCGCGCAGCACAACGAGCUGCUGGCCUGGCUGCGGGCCUCCGGCCAGCUGCAUCUCCAGCAGAGCGUGGACAUGGGUCGCAAUCUGCAGCAGUCGAAGCAGUUCCUGCUGCAGCAUCACGAACUAAUGCAGGACUUGGAGAUCAAAGGCGAACUCAUCAAUCUGCUGCUGGAGUCCAUCAAAAUGCAUUUGGAGUCGCUGAGUCCGCAGCAGCGCUACGAUGUGGACUCCAAGGCCGAGUCACUGCACAAGCACUGGAUCGAGCUCAAGGAUCUGGUGCUGAAGCGCGUCGACUAUGUCUCCUUGCUGAUCGAAUUCUUUGAGCAGGCCAACGAGCUCUCUAGUCAGCUGGACCACAUGCAGCGGCAGCUCCAGCAAACCCCCGACGAGCACAAGCUGCAGUUCCUACAGGCCACAUGGUCCAACAUUAUUCUCACCUUCAGCGAACUCAAGUCCCGGGGACAGCGAUUCAUCAACUUGAAAAUUGUGGAUCCAUAUCUUGAGACAAAAUCCUCGUCGAAGGCAGUGGAAGAGACGCUGAACGGUUUCAGUAAGCGGCAGUGCGACGUGACGAGCAGUUUGGAGAAUUGGACAACGACCAUACAGGAGAAGCGAGAAGUUGAAUAUCUGCUAGAGAAAGUCAUGAGUGAUAAUGAAGAGACGGUUGCCAAGAGCACCCAAGUGGACACCCAAUUGUAUCCGGUGUUUGGUUCCACCUCCAUGGAUAUCAAGCAGCUGCUCGGUGGCAUACGGGAGAAGCUCAAUUUUGUCACGCAGGACAUUGAGCGGGCCCAGGAGGAGAUCCAGCAUCGCAUUCAAACGACACUCAGCAUCCAGACAAAGGAUCAACAAUCGCUGGCCAAAAUCGAGCAGGUGAUCAACAAUCUGCGGAUGCUGAAGGCCCGCCUGGAUGGCAUCAAGUACGACUAUCGUACGCUCAUUGAGAGCGUGCUGCUCUUCCUGGAGAACAUUGCGCAGCUGCGGCACGAGAUCGAUGAGUACUUUGCGAGGCAGCAGCAACACCCAUCCAAGUCUUUGGGUGGUGGUGGUGUGGAGCGCAGCAUUGCAGAGCAUGAGAAAUUCCGUGAUCAUUGCAUGGAUAAAUUUAGAUCGUUAAUCACACAAUCCGAACUGCUGAUCGAUCGUGUGCGCGUACUGGAGCCGCCGGGUGCACGCGAAAUCGACACCGAUCGCAUUUUAAAGUUGUUGGAGAAUCUGCGCAUUCACUUCGAGACGCAGUGCAGUGCCAGAAUGUCGUCGCUCGAACGUCUCGAGAAGAUUGAGCAGUUCCGCAACGAUCUGGAGGAUAUUGAUCGGAGUCUGGACAGCGUUAGCAAGCAGCUGCACGACAUCAAUGGCCAGAGUGUCGAUAGUCUGGCGGCGGCAAAGACCACAUCGCUGGCAUUUGAGUAUUUUGAACGUACCAUUGAGUGUUCAAUGCCCAAGCAAUUGAAAUCGACGCGCCAUCAGCAACGCUGGGGCCAAACAGCCCACACUCUCGAGUUGCUCGAGAAACGCAUUGAAAAGUUCACUGAGUCAACGAGUCAGCAGCUGCUGAUCACGAAUCCCGAAAGCGAACAAUACGUUAAGGAGGAGCUCCAUAAGCUCAACGACAAAUGGCAGGGCUUCAAGGAUCAGGUGAAGCAGAAACGAAAGAGCCUCAAUCAGGCCACAGAUUUCUUUGAGGUUGUCGAAAAGAUCGAUGCCGAAUAUCGUGAGAUUAGCUAUUUCUAUAGCAGCGUCUCGAAUAAGGUUCCCUAUCUGCGCGACUCUGUGGAGGCGGCCAAUCUGGUCAAUGACAUCGAGAACUAUGUGACAAGUCGGGAGCCAGGACUCCGCUCGAAGCUGGACAGCGCCUCGCAGUGUGCCCACGACAUGGGCAAGGUAUCGGCGCUCUACAACGAUGUGAUGAACAUCUUUCAGGCCUUCAUCAAGCUCAAAAUGGACAUCAACAUUGUGCAGGAGCGUCUCAGCCAGGAGCAGCGGCAGCGGGAGCAGCGGGAACGCGAUUCGCGCGAUCAGGCGGAACGGGAGAAGGCCAUGCGCGAGGCAGAGGCCAGGGAGCGGCUGGCCAGGGAGGAGCAGUCCCGCCUAGAGAAUCAGCGACAGCAGGCGGCCAUCGAGCAGGCCCAAAGGGAGCUGGUGGCCCGCGAGCUGGCCCUGCGCGAGCAGGCCGUUCGCGACGAGGAGUCGCGCCUGCAGGCUGUGCGCGAGCAGGCCGCCCGCGAGCAAUUGGCCAGGGAGCAGGCGGCACGCGAGGAGGAGCAGCGCAUUCAAAUGCUGCGCGAGAUUGCCAAGCGAGAGGAGGAGGCCCGUUUGCAUAGCAAGCGCGAGGAGGAGAUUCGCAUCAGGCGCGAGGACGAGUCGCGCGCCAAGCGGGAGGAGGAGGCACGCAUUCAGCGCGAGGAGAUCACGCGACUGCAAACGCUGCGCGAUCAGGUGGACCAGCAGCGCAUCGUCACCGAGAACAUCCGCAAGGACAUCCAGGUGAACUCCAUCUUCACGGAGCUGCGCUAUGCCUCGCCCCUGUUUGUGCGCCCCCUCAAGGAUGCGGUGACCCGCGAGGGCGAUCGAUUCGUCUUCGAGUGCGAGGUGACGGGCACACCAGAGCCCACCGUCGAGUGGUUCAAGGAUGGCAUCAGCAUCCUGAGCCACGCCGACUACAAAACGAGCUUCGACAAGGGCAUCUGUCGGCUGGUGAUCGAGGAGACCUUUGCUGCGGACACGGCGCGCUUCAGCUGCCGUGCCUCGAAUCUGGUGGGCACCUGCGACACCAAUGCCACGCUGGCGGUGCGCGAGAAUGCCGCCGAGGUGCAGUUGGUGCCGCCACGCAUACUGCGCUUCCUUGAGAGCGGCAAGGCCACCGAGGGCAGCUCCUUUCAGUUCGGUUGCAUCGUCGCGGGUGUGCCCCUGCCCACGGUGCAGUGGUUCAAGAACGACAAGUGCAUCGACGACUCGCCGGACUAUGUCAUCAGCUACAACAAUGGCGAGGCAACGCUCCGCUUCGAGGAGGUAUUCCUCGAGGAUGAUGCCGUGUACACCUGCAGUGCCUCCAAUCCAGCGGGCAUCGAACACUGUUCCGCCAGCCUGAUUGUAGAACCCUUGGAACCCACAGAACUGCCCAGCUUCAAGGUUCCCCUGUCCAAUGCGAUGGCUCGUGUGGGCCAAAAGAUCAAACUGGAGGCCAUCGUGAGUGGCAUACCCCGACCGGACAUCUGCUGGGUGCACAAUGGCAAACCGUUCCAGCCACGCGAUGCCAAGUAUGAAUACGGACGCGUAACGCUGAUAAUCCCCCAAGCUUAUCCCAACGACGCCGGAUCGUACGUGCUGAGCGCCAAGAAUCUAGCCGGAGAGGCAUACACUAGCUGCAACGUCAUUGUCAAGGGUCGCCUGCCCAACGAAACGUCUGAUUCCGAGAUGGCCAGCGACAUAGAACCGAUCAAGCCGGCCGUCCAUUUGCCGUUGAAGGAUGUCUCCAUUUUUGAGGGCAAACCUGUGCGUUUGGAUUGCGUGAUUGUGGGUCAGCCGGAACCGGAGGUGAUUUGGUAUCACAACGAGCGGCCCGUCAAAGAGUCCGCCGAUGUGCAGCUGCUGUUCCAGGGCGAUCGCUGUUCGCUGAUCGUGCAGGAGGUGUACCAGGAGGAUGCCGGCCACUACAAAGUGGUGGCCAUCAAUUCGGCGGGCGAGACAUCCAGCAGCUGUGAGCUGAAGGUGACGCCACUCAACCAGGCGGAGCCUGCCACCCGCGCCCAAGUGGAGAGGCAGAGCCUGCCCAAGGAUGCGCAGCCAAAGUUCGAGCGGCUGCUGUCCGACGUAUUGGCGGAUGAGGGCGAACAGGUGGUGCUGGAGGUGCAGGCCAGCGGUGAUCAGCCGCUGAGCGCCCAGUGGUAUCUGACCAACAAGGAGCUGCAGCUGGACGAUCGCGUUACGGCCACCGGCGAUGCCGAAUCGGGCAUCUUCAAGCUGAUCCUGAACAAUGCCAGUGUCGAUGACAAGGGCGUCUACACGGUGAAGGUCUCCAAUCGGGCGGGCGAUGCCAAAUGCUUCUCCCAUCUGAUUGUCAAGUCUGUGAAUGCCCCGGAGAAUCGGCGCAGCAGCCAGUCCUCCGUAGAGAUCGUGGAGCGACAUGCCUGUCCCGAGUUCAAGGAGCUCUUCAGCGACAAGCAGGGCAGCAUCGAUGAUGUGGUCAAGUUCGAGUGCAUUGUGAAGGGCAGGCCCACGCCCAAGGUGCAUUGGUUCUUCAACGAUCAGCCCGUGCAUGGGCACAAUUUCCUCGUGUCCACGAGCGGCGAUCGCCAGGUGCUGACCAUCCAGGCGCUCACCCAUGAUGCCGUCGGCAAGAUCAGCUGUGUGGCCGAGAAUGAGGCGGGCAGGGCCACCUGUGUGGCAUUUCUGAACAUCAUUGGCAGCGGUCUGCCGGCGUCCAGUGACCUGCAGACCAUGACCCAGGAGCACAAUACCGAAUCGUCGCGUGUGACCAUCAAAAAGCAGACAUUUACCACCACCUCCACCUCCCAGGUGAACUCGUACGAGGGGAAUGUGCCCCAGACCGAGGUGCAUCACUCCUCCGCACACAUCGAUCAGUCGCUCAAGCAGCUGGGGCAGCAACGGCCCGAGAUCACCGAGAGCCAUCACUACCAGGAGCUGCACAAGAGCAAGGAGAUGAGCACACCCAGUCUGCAGCAAAAGUCCUUCACUGUCGUGCAAUCUGCCGCCAAUGGCGGCGGUCCGGCUGCACUUCCUGCUGCCAUAACCAUCCCCGAUUCCCCAACUCGCCUGCGCAAGGAGAUUGCGCCCCGCUUCACCACGCCACUCACUGGCAAGAUUGUCGAUCAGGGCGCCGAUGUGAGCAUGGAGGCCAUCUACGAUGGCUAUCCCUCGCCCGAGAUCAAGGUGGAGAAGAACGGCGGCCAGCUGUUCGACGAUGCCCGCACAAAGAUCUCCAAUAAAUUCAAUCGCCUCACCAUCGAACUCAAGCAGGUGGGCGUGGCCGAUGCGGGACGCUAUGCGGUGACAGCCUCCAAUGCGGUGGGCCAAUCGACAAGCACCGCCGAUUUGGUGGUUAAAAAGACCAUCUUUCCGCCAGUAUUUGGCAGACGUUUGCAGGCACAGGUCGCCAAGAGGGGCGAGAAAUUAAUAAUGGAAGUGGAGGUCACUGGACUGCCAGAUCCCACGGUGCUCUGGCUUAAGGACGACAAACCCAUACAGGAUGCUGGCAUAUCCCCGCAUCGAUUGCUUGCCCAGGGCAACUCCUAUCGUCUGAUCAUUGAGAAAGCACAAACAUCGGACUCUGGCAAGUAUAUGGUGAGGGCCACAAAUGCUGGCGGUGAGGCCAAAAGCAUUGCCGACUGUGCCAUACUCGAACCCUCGCCAGAGCGCCUUCAAGAGGUCGUCAAGACAAUUGUUUAUGAGUCCACACCCACGACCACAAUAGCGACGGCAGCCCAGAGCGAUUAUAAAACUGAACAGCCACACCAGGAGCAGCCACAGUCAUAUCAGAGCACUCAAAGCGAUGUGACACAUGCGAAUGAUCUGCACGGCUUAUCCGAAUCAAAAGUGAUCACUGAGCAUCGUUGCACCACCGAGGCAACCAUGCGUCUAGAGCACAAAUCGGCCUUUAAUCUGGAACUGCCACAGCUGACAACACGCCCCAAGACACCAACAAUACCAACCGAUACAACCACCGAUACAACCACCUACCAAACGACAAACACUGCCGCACCCACAACAGAGAUCGAGACACAGAUACCGAUCCAGACCCCAUUCACGGCCAGCUUCAAGACUGGUAUAACACAAACCCCACCGCCAGUGCCGCCCAAACCCUGUACGCCAGUGGUGGCCACACUUUAUGGCCAACCGCAGCAGCAGCAGCCACAGAUGCAAACACAAACCAACACCAGAUACGAGCAGAGCGAACACAAGUCCUCCAAAUCCUCAUCGUCCUUUGAUUACUUCAAGAAGAUCGAUGAGGAGACCAUCACGCAGCGACCCAAGCCGCUGGCCUUCAAGCCACUGGAGACGGUGGUGCGUCAGCCGCAUGCCCAGAGCCUAGCGGAGGAGCUGCGUAGCCUCAAUCUGAUGCCGGGCGAUGCACCCGAAUUUCUAUACGAGCCGAAGGCCGAGCGCAAGGAGCCCAAGGUGCCGCUGAUCAACGAGAAGAUCAAGAUCCUGUCGGAGGUGCAGCCCAUGGAGCCGCCACCACAGGGCGGUGUGCCAGUGUUUCCGCCACCACUCGGGGCCCUGCAAAGCGUGCAACACGAGACGACGCUCACGAAGGAGGUCAAGGUGGAGUAUGGCCAGCCGAUUGUGCGUCCUGCCGCGGUCCUGGCCACGCCCGCACAACAGAAUCCGCGUUCGCCCUCGCCCAAGCCCUCGGCCGAGGGUGUGGCCAUGUCCAAGCUGUGGACACCCGCAGGUGUCUCGGCACCAGCAGCAGCACCAGCAGCCACGCCCACAAAGGAGCUGAAUGCCCCCUUCCUGGUGCAACAGAUAGCCAAGAGCAUACCACCGGCCCAGGCGGCGGUGACGCACUUGGGGAAUGUGGACCUGGAGCCGGGCACACCCCAGAUCUGUUUUGCCCCCAAGACGGAGGAGGUGAUCCGCCGCCGCUCGCUGGUGGAGAGCAUGGAGCAGAAACUGGAGCAGAAUCUGCUGCAGGGGCCGCGCAAGGUGUUGCCGCAUUCGGUGCCGACUCUAACGCCGCCUGCCCCGAACGCCUACCGCCCACCGCCGCCCGUGUUGCCGACACGUUUGGGUCUGUACGAGAGCGACUAUGAGAGCGAUCGCUACAAGUACAGUGGCAGCGAGAGCGAUGCGGAGCCGCGGGCACAGAAGCCCGCUACCACGGAGACGGCGUCCGGCUUCAAGUCGAGUGGCUAUGCCGCGGAUACCGAGGAGCAUUCGAAUUAUAGGAAAUCGGAGACGAGCAGCAGCUACUACGAAACAAAGUCAUCGUCAUCGACUACCACAGCUGGGCCACAGCAGCAGCAGCAGCAGCAGAAGCUACAGCCAGAGCCGCCAGCAACGAUUUAUUAUACCACUCAGGCAGCACAGCCGCAGCCGCAAGCGGCGAAGGACUUCUUUGCCACAUCGAAGCACAGCAGCAAUUACACGCACAACAUGCAGCAGAGCAGCAGCAGCAGUUCCACGCAUCACCAGGAGACCAAAUACUCCUCCACGGGUGUGCCUGUGCCUGUGCCUCUGCUGCUGCCACAGCCGAGUCCGGUGCCUGCCCAGCGGAAAACGCCAGCGGCAGAGUUCAGUGACUACAGCAGCGAGGUGGAUGAACGUUUCCGUUCUGUGUCGCGCACCAACGAAUCGGAUGCGGACAUCAAGGGCUAUCGUGUGGUCUUUCCGCCCACGCCCACACCACGCACGAAUGUGGCCACAAAUGGCCACAAGUCGCCCGUGGUGGUGAUCACACCCUCGCCCAUGGAAUUCGAACCAAUGCCGCACGAUAGUCGCCCCAAAUUCGAGCCAAUUGGCAAGGAGAUUCGACAUGAGAUCAAAACGGAGACAAGCAGCAAGCAAUCAAAGUUCUCCCAACAGCAGCAGCAGCAACAGCAGCAGCCCCUGUUCAAGCCCAAGCCUGUGGCAGCAAAAUUUAUAGCUGCCACACAGCAGCAGCAGCAGGCACAGCAGCACUCACCUGCUCGUCCGACCAUGUACUACAAUGCUGUUGCUGGUGCCCCCAUGCACCUGGCAAAGGUUGCCACAGAGACCAAGAACUCGAUGCAGAUGCACGAGUCCACGGAGAGCUCUCAGCGGGUGGUCAAUAUGCAGCAGACAAAGCGGAUCAUUCACUUUGACAGCCAACAGCAGCAGCAGCAGCAGCAACAGUUGGAUCCCUUCCCCUAUAGUCCUGUCCCAAGUCGCACGCCUUCGCGACAAUCGCAUCUGCCACCGCCGGCCACGCCCACAAAAUUCAUACCCGGCGAGUACCGGGAGAGCGACUACGAGAGCGAGGUGGAGGCUGGCUCGCGUAUCCAACCGCUUUGGUCGCCCUAUGGCGAUGGCCUGACCCGCGGCUAUCGUCGUGUUGCACCGCCCCAGGGCUCGGUACGCUCCUGCAGCCUGCCACGCGCCUACGAGCGGGUUCUCUCACCCAUGGAGUUUGAUCGGGGUCCCGAAAUGCCCACCAAAAUCCAUGUGGAUGUGAAUACGCUGAGGAAAGAGCAGCGUGGCGGCAGCACAGUGACCACACAGCACAGCACCCAGUCGCUGAACAGAAAUACCACCAUGAGGGGACAGCAGCAACAGCAGCAACAGCAACAGCAGCAGCAGCAGCAACAGCAACAGCAGUCCAUGGAUCAGAUAGAUAGAGCUGGUACCCUGCCACGCUGUGGAUACGGCAGCAGCAGCAGCAGCAAUACCUUGCAGCAGCAGGCCGAGGGCCAGGGCAAGCGUAUGGGUUCCACGUUCCUACAGAAAUCCCAUCAAUUCAUCGAGGAUAUCAGCCGGGAUGUGCAACAGCAGCAGCAAAGGAAUGGCCAUGGCCAUGUACUGCGACCAGGAUUCAAGCGUGCCCCCAGCGAAGGCAGCAAUCAGCCGCAGGCCUAUCGCGAUGAAUCGCGUGUCUCCCAAUACGGCACCAAAUGCAUCGAUCCCAAUACCGGUUUGAUCUAUUUCAAAUACGAUUUUGGCUACGAGUUUGGUAUACUGUUUCCCGGCGAGGGCCACAAGUUUGUCAGUAGCCAGUGGAACAGCAAGGGCGGCAACAGCAAUGGGGCCAGUCUACCCAUACAGAAUGGUGGUGGUCGCCAUUCGCCGUAUCCCUUGAAAUUGGCACCCGGAAAUGAGCUGGUUAUACCCGUGCAACAUGAGCGUACGGGCAGAUCUACACCCGGUGGUGCAGGCUAUGGCUCUACUACACCCGUUUAUAGCUCCACGCCUGGCUAUAACUCCGCUCCAGGCCAUAGCACCACUCCUGGCUAUAGCACCACUCCUGGCUAUAGCUCCGCUCCAGGCUAUAACUCCGCUCCAGGCUAUAACUCCGCUCCAGGCUAUAGUUCCGAUAAUGAACAACAGCGUCGCAAUGUUGGAGCUGCUGGCGUGCGUCUGGCACCGCGCUACAAUGCCCAGAAGCGCUAUAGUCUGCCCAGCAGCCACAGCCUUGACAUACAUCUCGAUCGGUUGCACGCGCAGGCGCCGCGUCUACCAACCGAACAGCAGCUCGUCCGCACAGUGCCGGAACUGCCCAAUACGGAACCCGUCAAUGCCCAUUUGAGCCGCGAUGAGCAGGCACAAAGACAGCCAUUAUUCAUAACGCCCCUGAAAGACAUUGCAGUGGGCGUUGGGGGCACAGCCCGUUUCGAAUGCAUUGUCCAGGCCCAUCCGCAACCGCAGGUCAACUGGAGCCACAACGGUGGCCAUUUGGGGCAUGGCAGUCGGCAUUUCAUUGAGUACCGGAACGGCGUGUGCCGUCUAACACUGCCACAGGCCUAUCCGGACGACAAUGGGAGCUACGUUUGCACCGCCAUGAAUCAGCUGGGAGCAGCUAGCACAAGCGGAAAUUUGAAUGUUUCGAGCACAAAUCGUGGAUUUAGAUAUUAAGCUAUUAAGUGCUGGCAUACAUACAUACAUACAUACUACAAUUAUUUAUUUAUUUAUUUAAUUUAUGAUUUGUUCAAUGCCAAAGUUUUUGCCUUAUUGUAUUGUAAAUUUUAUUCGUUCGUGGUUCAAAUGUGACUCCUAAAAACUAUACUACAGCCGAGUGUUUGAUCCAUCAGAUCAGCCAACGGAAGGACCAUUAUUGAGGAUGCAUUCAUAUAACAAAAAGGAAUUAUAGUAUUACUUGUGUUUUUGUCCAAAUAUCAAAAUAAAUCAAUUAUGAAAACGAAA